AUGAGAUCAAGAAACAUGGGCUUCCUUUUGACAUCUUGCGGCCAGCCUAUACCUCGAAGAAGGAACACCUUCCAGUUGCAGCCAAAACGAAAGACAGACAAAAGAGCCCUCCUCCCUUAUGCAUGGCUGGUGGACGUUCCUGUUCCCGUUCCUGUUCCCGUUCCUGUUCCGGUAGGAACGCGUCAGGGUGUAACAUACUGCCGCUUGGUACGUGAGUAUUGUGGUAUUGAGGUGGAUGUUGAUAAGUUAGAGAAUGCCUGUACUCUUUACUGGCACUAUAGUACAGGGUGGGAGAACCUUGGUUGGUUCAAUGUGUACGUCAGGAUUGGAUUGCUCCUCUGGUCAGGUUCAAGAUUAUUUGGUUUUAUUGGUGCUGGUGCCACACUUGGACAGCUUUUUGGGGGUCAUUGUUCGCCAUCUGUCGGGCCAACUUGGGCUGCUGUCGUAGUUUCUGAGACCCUCCGGAAAGUGAAUCUUGUUUCCAAGCCUGGCAGAGAACUCUAUUUACUGUUGUCUCACACAGUCAAGGAGGAUCCCAAAGCUUCUGCAGUGCCAUUAUUGACAGAAGGUGAUGAUUUAACUGACGAUGCAAACAGAACACCGGUUUUUGCCGACCGGCUAUACUUGGCUCCACUUUGGUAUCCCAUUGUCAUCCACUUCCUUCAGGGUCUUGAGGUAGUUUGCAUUGUGAGGGAAUUUCAAGGACGGGAAGAGGUGGUUGCUGCUGCGGAGGGAGGAGGUCAGAGGUCAGGGAAGGGGAAGAAGGAUAAACCCCACGACUAG